GAGAGUAAAGGGGUGCCGCAGGCAGCAAUCGCCCCAGCCCCUCGCCCUCCCAGUCCCCCCACCUCCUCUUGGGCGCCAGGACGUUUACAGGACGUUUACGCUGGCUUUUUCACUUGGGGGCUUUUCCUUUUCUCUCCCUUUUGUGUUCUUGUUCUGAAUUCAUCCAAGGUCCAGGAUGACAAUCCGACACCAAGGCCAGCAGUACAGGCCGAGGAUGGCAUUUCUCCCGAAGAUUGAAGCGCUAGUGAAGGACAUGCAGAACCCAGAGACAGGGGUCAGAAUGCAGAACCAGAAGAUCUUGGUCACCAGCGUCCCUCAUGCCAUGACAGGAAGUGAUGUUCUACAAUGGAUCAUUCAGCGGCUUUGGAUCUCCAGUCUGGAGGCACAGAACUUGGGCAACUUCAUUGUCAAGUACGGCUACAUCUAUCCCCUGCAAGACCCCAAGAAUCUCAUCCUCAAACCCGACGGCAGCCUCUACCGAUUUCAGACGCCGUAUUUCUGGCCAACCCAGCAGUGGCCAGCUGAAGAUACAGAUUACGCCAUCUAUCUAGCCAAGCGAAAUAUCAAGAAGAAAGGGAUUUUAGAAGAAUACGAAAAGGAAAAUUACAGUUUCUUGAACAAAAAAAUUAACUACAAGUGGGACUUCGUCAUUAUGCAGGCCAAAGAGCAGUACAGGACUGGAAAGGAAAGGAAUAAAGCAGACAGGUAUGCACUGGAUUGCCAAGAGAAAGCGUAUUGGCUGGUCCACCGAUGCCCUCCAGGAAUGAACAACGUGCUGGACUAUGGCCUGGACCGAGUGACCAAUCCGAAUGAAGUUCAGGUAAACCAGAAACAAACAAUUACGGCUGUCAGGAAAGAGAUCAUGUAUUACCAACAGGCCUUGAUGAGAUCGACGGUGAAGUCUUCGGUGUCCCUUGGAGGGAUCGUCAAAUACAGUGAGCAAUUUUCGUCCAACGACGCCAUCAUGUCAGGCUGCCUCCCUAGCAAUCCUUGGAUAACAGAUGACACCCAGUUCUGGGAUUUAAAUGCCAAAUUGGUGGAAAUCCCAACCAAGAUGAGAGUGGAACGAUGGGCCUUCAACUUCAGUGAAUUGAUCCGAGACCCCAAGGGUCGACAGAGCUUCCAGCACUUUCUCAAGAAAGAAUUCAGUGGGGAGAAUCUGGGAUUCUGGGAAGCCUGCGAGGAUCUGAAGUAUGGAGAUCAGUCCAAGGUCAAGGAGAAAGCGGAAGAGAUUUACAAGUUAUUUCUGGCCCCAGGGGCGAGGCGGUGGAUCAACAUAGAUGGCAAAACCAUGGACAUCACGGUCAAGGGUCUGAGGCACCCCCACCGCUACGUGCUGGAUGCUGCACAAACCCACAUCUACAUGCUCAUGAAGAAGGAUUCUUAUGCUCGCUAUUUAAAAUCUCCAAUCUAUAAGGAAAUGCUGGCCAAAGCUAUUGAGCCUCAGGAAACCACCAAGAAAAGCUCCAGCCUCCUGUUUAUGCGGCGUCACCUGCGCUCCAGCCCGAGCCCCGUCAUCCUGAGGCAGCUGGAGGAGGAAGCCAAGGCUCGAGAAGCAGCCAACACGGUGGACAUCACCCAGUCGGGCCAGCACACCGCUCCCAGCCCCCACCUGGCUGUGUACACUGGGACCUGCGUGCCCCCCUCCCCGUCCAGCCCCUUCUCCCCGUCCUGCCGCUCCCCCAGGAAGCCCUUCCCCUCACCGAGCCGCUUCAUCCGACGGCCCAGCAGCACCGUCUGCCCCUCACCCAUUCGGGUGGACUUGGAGAACACCUUGGGCUCAGAGCAGAAGGGGGAGGCCUGCAGAUCCAGUUUCCGCCAAAGACCCUCCAGAGACGCCUCCACUGACUGCCCCUGGCCCCGGUCCGCGCCCAGGGCCCCUCCCAAGGCCCGCAUGUCUCUGUCCUUCGGCAGGUUUUUGAGACGAGGCUGUUUAGCCUCACCGGUUUUUGCCAGGCUCUCGCCCAAGUGUCCCCCUGUGUCCCACGGGAAGGUACAGCCCCUGGGAGAUGUGGGCCAGCAGCUGCCACGGCUGAAAUCCAGGAGAGUGACAAACUUUUUCCAGAUCAAAAUGGAUGUGCCUAUGGAGACUGGGACCUGCCUGAUGGACUCGGAGGAAACCGGGACAGGAAGAUCGGGUGACCAGGCCAUCAAAAAGGAGGUCAUCUGCCCCUGGGAGAGUCUGGCUGAGGGGAAAGCUGGCUGAGCCGUGGCCUCGGACCAGGCAGAUGGCCCCAGCUGACUCCGCUGGAUGGGGACACCGGACAUGCUCUCGAACCAAAGUGCAUUAAGAUCACAGUGGGGGGCCAGGCAGACAAGGUGGGUGGGUGAUGGGGCAGAGUACUCUGUCUGGGCUCCUGGGGACCAGCUCCUUCUCUCCCUCCGACCUUCCCUCUUUUGGGCAGAAGAAAGGCAUGUGGACCAGAGGACUUUACUUGUUGCCUUAAAACCGAUAAAAGGUUAACUUGGAAGAGUCUCUUGGAUUGGACUGUUAGUGUGUGUCUGUCUGUGUUCUUAGUUAUUUAUGAACCAUUAUUUAGACUCACUUAGACUCAUGUCUUUGGUAUUUUUGACAAAGGGACGUUGGCAAUGAGUCACUUCCAAGGCUCAUUAAGCAGGGGUAACUCCUUCCCUGCUUAAAUUGGUGUGUGCAUGAUGCUUUUAUCCGUGGACUUCCCCAGGGGGAUGCCCCAGGAUGUGGCAUCCUACAGGAAGGGGAGGUCUGGGGAAAGGCGUCCUUCUAGAAUGCCAGGUGUAUUGUUCAGAUCCACCAAGAAGCAGAUGCCAAGAUGAGGUUAGGAUAAAGAGUAGGGGGUGAGGGACUUCACCCCCUCUUUAUCCUGAUGCUGGGCUGACCUCUGGGGAAGGAAGUCGGGGUAGGGAGAGGGUCAGAUAGCAGCACAGUUCCGAGAAAGUUUUGGCCAGGCUGCUGGGGUGUCCCUCAGCCAGUCACUGUUGGAGGGGUCCUGUGUCUGGUGGGAAUGGUUCUGCAUUAGUGCCCUCAGCAUGUAAGGUCAUUGGCUGGGAGUGCCUCUGGGAAGCCUGGCCCGUAUGUGCUGGUGGCCAUCAGUCCAUGUGCACCCUGCAGCACAUUGUCACAUCUGUCGUGCCUGUGAUUGUCACAUCUCCAGUAGUCACUUCUGGACGUUCGGGCCUCGGCACGUUCCUCCCACCUCUUCUCCAGCUAGUCACUCAACGAGAUUUUACUGAGCCCCUACUAUGUGCCCAGUGCUGUGCCGGGCCCUGGGGAUGCAGCUGUGACUCCUUGCUUCAUGGAAUUCAUCUAGAUCAGU